CGCCCGCGGAGGGGCCGGUGCCGGGGUUCGCGCCUUCGGCUGCGCGCGCGAUUCCCGGCGGUCCCGUCUGCCCUCACGGCUAUGGCUGAGAGCGCCGGCGGACAUGGGGCGAGGGAGCCACCCCUUGCGGCCAGUCGGCAGCGGGCCGAGGAGCGGGGGUCCGUGCGGAGCUCCGGGACUACAGAAGAGCAAGGCUGGGCCUUGAACCCGCAGGAACGGGAGACGUGAAGGGAGAGCUUCCCCGCUGAGCCUGUGCCAUCACUGCUGAAACACAGGAAUGUGAAGCAGGGGACCCUAAUUGAGGUUUACAGGAUGAGAGUAGUUAAGGGUGUGUUUUGUAUUUGCCGGAUUGGAGGUCUGGGCUGUGAGCGCCUUUGGGCAGUAUCUACCAACCUUUGUACUGCCAAGUAGAUAAGAUUUUAAAAGAGUCUUAAAAGAUACGCAUGUAGGUACAAAGAAAUCUUAGACUCUCCAAGUCAACUAUUCAUGAAUUACCGUCUUCAGCUUUGUUUUGCAUAAUCGGGAUUAGGCCCUUACCGUCUUGAGCACAAUGCUCUGGUAUUGUGUGUCUUCCCACUGAAGUCUGUAUGACAAGGGAACAUUACAAAAUGUUGACAAGGUCUGGUUCAAGAUCACGAGCCCACAAGUGGCAAGAUGCUCUUUUUUAUUGCUAAGUGCAGUGCUCUCUGAGUGUACAUAUGCAGUGCUCUUUUGCGUAGGUAGAAUCCUUGUGUUUGCUACCAGCAAUGUAUAAUGGUCAGAAUACUGACUUGACAAUCUGCAGUGGGUGUUUUCCCAAAAGCUGAAGAAAUAACAUGUAUUCCUAUGGAUUUAAACAGAAACAUCUCCUGUGUACCCACAAGCUUUAUUUAGUUGUGACUUCGUUGUAUCACUUAAGUAGCCACAAUAGGAUGAAUAUGUUGUACAUUGUCAGCAUCAGCCAGUUGUUUAUAAAAUUGAGUUGCAUGGGGAAUGUACAAGCACAAGUUCCCUGCUCCCAAAGUAUUUCCAUGUAGUGUGGCAAGAUUACCGUGACAGCUAGGAUGGCAAGCUGCACGGUCUUUGUGGCUGGAUGUUUACACGAAUAUGCACAUACACACAAACACACAAAGGCAGCUGGGUGCAAUUGAUUUAAUCCCAUAGGAGCAGAAGGUCGAUCUUUUCUUGCAAAGCUGGUCACUGGCUGAGGAGCAAAAGCUGUUUGCUCUGAGAGAACCAGAGCGUGGCUAUUCCAUAGCAGCUCUGUCCUGCUGUAUGCCCAUAGCUGGAGCAGUGACUUGUUUAGAGGAGACCUGAAACCUGGGGGGGCAGAGGUUGGGUUGCUGCAGGCCUAGCUAAAAGGAGUGCUCUCUUCCCUCCCAUCUCCCAGGCUGGCUUUCAGAAUGGCUGCAGUGGUAGCAUUGGGAAACACAUCAGAAGGAUGCACACCUCUAAUACAAAAUGUGUGGUCCUCUAGUUAAAAAAAAUUAAUAAUAAUUCUUUUGUAAUUUAACUCUUUCUGCCUGGUCCCUUCUUUUCCUUCACUUCAUCUGAGAUUCAAGGGUUUGAAAUCUAUUAAAACAUCCCACUCUUUGCUACAGUGGCUUCUGACAAAAAUGGCUUUGACACAGUUUGGGUGCAGUUUUGUGUGUCAUAAAAAUCAAACUCAGUUGUCUUCUCACCUUCUUUCUAUUUUUGUAAAUAAAUUACUUCCUUGAUUUAGGUAUUUUCUAAGACAGAGGUGGUAAUUUCUAUCUUUAAAAUAAUACAACAUCCAUUUUGAUCUGUCAAGCCUGAAGAGUGACCACUCCUUUCCUUUCCUUUCCUGCUGUCUUCCAGAGAAUACUUCUUUGGUUCAGAGAAAGUUUCCCAAUUUACAUAAUGAUUCUUCUUUAUGGGAGGGUUUUUUUCAUUCUCUGUUUCUCAGACCUUUUCCUAUAGAUGGGAACGGGGGAAGGAGCCCAGACGUGGCAGCUCAUUCACAGGCUCCUGCAGGACCACCAUGGCUUAUGAUGGCACCAAGAAGAAAGAAGAAUUCCUAGAGAGUCACCGAAGUGUUGACGACGGGCUGGCAUCUGGCAGGAUACAGCGAGAGAAAAAGCGCUCGUACAAGGAUCUUCUGCAAGAGGAAGAUGAGAUAGCAACUCAGGACAGUGAGUUUUUUCCAGGGACAGAACCUCACAAAAAGAAGAGAAAGCACUCCUCCGAUGAGUUCUGCUACAGAGGUGUCUCGCCUUUGGAUCUACCAUCAAAGAAGAAGAAAAAAGCAGCUUCUAGCCCAUCCUCAGCUGAUACAACCAUGGAUUUGCUCAAGGCUAUCACCACACCUUUGGCCACAAGCUCAAAGUCUUCAAAGAGGACCUCUGAAAAAUCAUCUCAUUCUUCCUCUGGCCAUUCUGAAAGCAGAAAGGAGCAUCCCAAGAAGAAGCUGAGUGGGAGCAGUGGGGAGCACUCAGUGGAUGACAGCAGCUCCCACAAAUCUAAAAAAAUGAAACCUCUUUACGUGAACACGGAGACACUUACUCUUCGUGAACCUGAUGGCUUGAAGAUGAAGCUCAUCCUUUCACCAAAAGAGAAAAGUAGUGCAGCAGAUGAUGAUUCUUUAUCCUACUCUUCAGCACCAGCAGCUGCAAAGAAAUCUUCAAAGAAAUCAGCUCGAGAUGAGCAAGGCUCAUUCCUGCUGGGGCACGAUCUGCAGAGCUUCCUGAAGUCAUCCCGAAAGAAGCACAAACUGCCUCCGGACUCACAUCCACCUUCUGAGAGUUUUGGUGCUGACACCUCCCUUCAUUCAGAGGGCCAUGCAAGCGAGUACGAGGUUGCAGGUAUGGAGGCACCACCAGAAUCUGGUUCUUCUUCUGGUGGAGAGUUGGAGGCUGGAGAGCUGGUGAUAGAUGACUCCUACCGGGAAAUCAAGAAAAAGAAGAAGUCAAAAAAAAGUAAGAAAAAAAAGGACAAGGAGAAACACAGAGAGAAGAAGCACUCCAAGUCUAAAAAGAGUUCUGGGCACUCUCCAGUGGCAGUAGCAGAAGUAAGAGUGUCACCACCACCUCCCAGUACCCCCUAUGUUGUUCCUCCACCUCCUCCUGCUGUUGUUCACUCAGAUGGUCAAGGUGAGAAGAGGAGGAAAAAGGAAGACAAGGAGAAGGACAAGUCUGAGAAAUGGGAAAAGGAGAAGGAAAGAGAGAAGGAGAAGGAAAGAGAGAAGGAGAAGGAAAGAGAGAAGGAGAAGGAAAGAGAAAAAGAAAAGGAAAGAGAGAAGGAAAAAGAAAGAGAAAAAGAAAAGGAAAAAGAAAGAGAAAAAGAAAAGGAAAAAGAAAGAGAAAGAGAAAAAGAAAAGGAAAGAGAAAAGGAAAGAGAAAGAGACAAACCAAAGAAGAAAAACAUGUCUGCUUAUCAAGUGUUCUGUAAGGAAUAUCGUACAAAUAUUGUGUCUGAGCACCCUGGAAUAGAUUUUGGGGAGUUAAGUAAAAAACUGGCAGAAGUGUGGAAGCAGCUACCUGAGAAGGAUAAACUGAUCUGGAAACAGAAAGCUCAGUAUCUCCAACACAAGCAGAAUAAAGCAGAGGCCACCACUGUGAAGAGAAAGGCAUCAUCUUCAGAUGGUGCACCAAAAAUGAAAGCUCUUCCAACAGGAGCGAUUUCCCCUCACAAAAAAUCCCCCACCAGCACCGUAGUGAUGCCUUCCUCACCAGCCAAAGCCCCUGAGACAGAUCCUAUUGAUGUAGCUGCACAUUUACAGUUGCUGGGUGAAUCUCUGAGCCUCAUUGGACACAGACUGCAGGAAACAGAGGGAAUGGUGGCUGUUUCAGGAAGUUUGUCAGUACUCCUAGAUUCAAUCAUCUGUGCUUUGGGCCCAUUGGCAUGUCUGACCACACAACUACCUGAGUUGAAUGGCUGCCCAAAGCAUGUUUUGUCAAACACGCUAGACAACAUUGCCUACAUCAUGCCUGGACUUUGAUGGGAAAGGACCCUGGGAUGUACUCAACCUCUGCGUAACUGACUUGUGUACAUGCACUACGCUGGCACUCCCGAAGGGCUCCAUGUGGAGGCUUUUAAAGUUUUAUAUAUGUAUAGUAUAUACAUAGGAUUGUAACUAUUUGACUUCUAUUUUAUGAAAAAUUGUGAAGUUAAGCUGAGAAAACCCUUUUGUGUUGGUGGGUGAAAUGUCCUCCAAUCUGAAAGUAUUUUGUACGAAGAAUUCAGAAAGCUUUUGAGAUACUCGCCUUAAAUUCAGAUUUAGUGGGGGAAGCAGACAGAGAAUGGACUUCUCAAUAUAAAGAAGAAAGCUGUCACCGUGAGAGGGGUCAUUGAAACAGGUGGCCCAGAGAGGUUCUUGACUCUCCUUCCUCGGUGAUACUCAGAAACUGAAUGAGCAGCCUGCUCUAGUUGGACUUGCUUUAAGCAGGGAGAUGGGCCAGAUGACCUCCUGAUAUCCCUGCCUAAACUAAAGUAUUCUGAUAUUCUGUGGGCAGGUAGAGAUGACAACAUAUUUUGGACCAAUUAAUAGAACUGAAUUCUUCACCAGCCCUAUUUGUAACUCUUUUUCUGUUUAAAAUCCACUUCUUGAGGGGAAAGCUGGAUAGCUUUUUGCUUCUUGGUCACUUUUUCCAACCCCUUCUCCUCAGUCAGUAAUAACUGAAAGUUAUCAGCUGGCUGGUCUGGUAGCUGGCAUUUGAAGUGAAGUAGAAGACAACAACAAGAUAAAUUUUUCCUUGUGGACUCAUACUCAAAUCAUCAUUAGCACAAUGUAUCAACCCAUUGCAUUGGCUUGAGAGAAUGAACCUCCUGCUGAUUUUUCCAUGGCAUGGUCAGCCUGCUUUGAUGGAAAGGAGUAGGGAAGCAGAUGGGAAAAACUUGGAUUGCUUCUGCCCAUCUUGCACCUGUUUUGUGAAAUGGCUCAUCCCCCAUCCCUCUCACCAGCACUAUUUCAGGAGCUGUGGUGCUGCUGCAGGGCAGUGACCAGUGGCCAGUGUGAAGCAGUUAUGACCGAGUAAGGCACAUGUGGGUUGAUUGGACUGGUUUCCCUUCCUUCCAGCCACAUACUUGGAGUUUGGUUUUCUGCUCCUCUGGAGGAGGAGCCGCAGGAGAACGCUUGAUUCCUAUUUAGGCUUUUGUCUGUGUGUAUGUAUGUGUAUGUGGUGUUCAUAUCACAUGUAUUUAACUUCUACCAAUAUCUGUAACAGAUUUUAAUUUAUCCUGUAUAUUUCUCUGUGUGUGUAUAUAUUUAUAUAUAUAUACAUAAUUUAAAAGCAAAAAUUCCUCCCUCAGCCAACAGUGUGUGGAAAAUGUGAAUCAAGUUUGCCUCACCUCACUUCCUGCAGGAAUCAACUCUGUGUAUAGUAGUUAGCAUGGGCAUUGUGUAAGGAAACACCAGGAAGAUUCUAAGUGUUUGUAGAAACAGGCUAUCUUGUGAAGGUAGGCAGAACAACUGAAAUAUCAUUUGACUCAGGCCUUAUCAUCUCUGUAACAGGAAAGUUUUUAAAUUACAGAAGAGGCAUUUUUUACUUCCAAGUAAGUCAAGCUUCUGUUUUUCAGGACAGUUGAAAGUGAGCUGUCCCUUAUUGUGGCUGAGCCCCACAUCAGAAGUAAAUUGAAUCCUGCGGUGUGGAGGAGGGUUUUUCUCCCCAUGCCUCUUUGCCACAUCUUCCCUAGAUGUGCCUGUACAAGGUAGUCUGUCUCUUAAGGAUCUUCUCUCAGUGCAGUGAGGGGUUUUCUCAGCAGAGGAGGCGCUGAAGAUUCUCAGACCACCAGACCAGAACGCACAUUUUAACAAUUUAGGACAAAUCCUAAUGAGCCUGGAAUUAGGAAGGGCCCAGGAGGGAGGCAGUCCAAUCCUGCUUCAGAUCCUGGCCCAUAUUAAAGCAUCUGCUGUUGUGAGCAGCAGAAAAUAACUGGCUCUUUCCAGCCCUUCACAGUUGAGAGCAUUGUGGUGAAGGCUGCUUUUGGAUCUGCUUUUGGAAACAGAAGGGGAUCAGCUUUAGCUUUGUCCUCUGUACAAUAGAAAACUCUUGAAGAGUGAAAAACACACACGACCCUGGUGUAUUGUAUUUUUAUUAAAAUUUGUACACUUUGUAUAAUCUGUAUCUUGUGGUAUUUGGUACUAUAGGGAAAACUUUGUCAAGACUUAGCAGUUUUUAUAUUUUUGUUAUUUCUUUGCUGUUUGGUCCAGAUUACAUUACAAUUAUACACAGACUUUUUUGUACUGUACUUAACAAUAUAAUUUUUUUUUU